AUGGCCCCGUGUUUUGGUAGCUACUAUUCUUUGUGUCUUCAUCGUUUCAAUAUAAUUUUCGAAAUCGUACGGGAUAAAAAUUCCUUUAUUCAAGAAAUCAUAAAAUCACUAUUUUUUAUUCAGAUUGUCCAGGGUGGAAAAACUACUCAUGUUAUAGAUGGAAUAGAUCCUUCGCAAAGCAACUGGCUACGUUUCGUCAACUGCGCACGGGACGAAGAAGAGCAAAACCUCAUCGCCUUUCAAUAUCACGGAGAUGUUUACUACCGAGUGUAUAAAGAAAUUGAAGCAGGUGCUGAAUUAUUGGUUUGGUACGGAGAUGAAUAUGGGGAACAGCUUGGCAUACCGAUUCUUUCGAAUCAGGUGAGCGAAGAUGAUAGUGAAGAACUUGCCACACCGGUUGAAGCUGAAGAGCAAAUUGUUAUACCGUUUGUACCGAAUCAGCUAAACGAAAAUGAAGAUGAACAGCAACUCGCUACUGCGGUUGAAGCUGAAGGGCUACUUGAUAUACUGUUUGUACCGGAUCAGCUAAACGAAAAUGAAGAUGAACAGCAACACGCUACUGCGGUUGAAGCUGGAGGGCCACUUGAUAUACUGUUUGUACUGAAUCAGCUAAACGAAAAUGAAGAUGAACAGCAACUCGCUACUGCGGUUGAAGCUGAAGGGCUACUUGAUAUACCGUUUGUACUGAAUCAGCUAAACGAAAAUGAAGAUGAACAGCAACUCGCUACUACGGUUGAAGUUGGAGAGCAACUUGAUAUACUGUUUGUACCGGAUCAGCUAAACGAAAAUGAAGAUGAACAGCAACACGCUACUGCGGUUGAAGCUGAAGGGCAACUUGAUAUACUGUUUGUACCGGAUCAGGUAAACGAAAAUGAAGAUGUACAGCAACUUGCUACACCGGCUGAUGUUGCAGAGCAAAUUUAUAUACCGAUUCUACCAAAUGAGCUGAAUGAUAAAGGUGAUGGACGGCAACUUGCUACUCCGGUUGACGUUGGAGAGAAACUUGAUAUACCUCUACUGAAUCAGAUGAGCAAGAAAGGAGAUGAAUGUGAAGAACAACAAUCGCUAGAAAAAGGUAGGGAAAGUAUAAAUGAUUGCAAGUGA